CAUCGAAACAUGUGGGAGUCACAUGUGACGUCCACUUUGCCGUAUUUCAUAAUCGCAUCGUGCGAUAAAACGGUGAUCUAAUCCGUUACGUCAGAUCGGCAAUGUGUAUGAUUCAAUCUCGUGCAAUUUUUCUAUACCCAUUGCAGAAAUAGAUCACGAUUUAAAUUUACAUUUGUGAUUAAGCGUAAUCGAGAGAUAGGAAAAGCGGACGGGAUGAACUGUUAGUGCGAAUUUUGUUUAUGUCACUGUGUGGUUGCUUGUUUUAUCUAUCAUCUAUUUAUAGAAACAAUGCGUUAAUCAUAAAUAUUUUGAAACAAUUCGACUCGUUUCGUUCACCGUCUCGAUUUAUUCGAAAGCAACGAUUUAUUUGGCCAGAAAGGAAAUCAAUGAAUCAUAAAUAAUUGAAAGCAACGAAAUGAAAUGUGAUAGUUGGAUGACACCAUCUGACUGAUUGCAAACGUUCUGGUAGAUUUGAAUGUUCGAUGAAGAGCGGGUGAUUUCAGUUUAGUGUCCUCUGGUGAUUUGGUGACUUUCGCAUCGUCGUCCUGCCAAAAACACCGUUGGUACGAGUGUGUGGUAGUGCGUGAAUAUGUCUGACAUCGGUAGCGGAGAUGAGGGCUCGAAUUCGCAGAGCCAACAGGGCCAGAUGGAACAGGAGCUGGCCACCAAGAUGCUCCAGAUCCAGAGCAAGAGGUUCUAUUUGGACGUGAAGCAGAACAGAAGGGGGAGGUUCAUCAAGGUGGCUGAGAUCGGAGCAGACGGACGUAGAUCGCAGAUCUUCUUGGCGCUGUCGACGGCGGCGGAGUUCCGCGAUCACCUGUCCGCCUUCAGCGAUUUUUACUCCUCACUAGAUUCUGUUGGUGGUUUAGGUCCCCCGAACCCGGACAACGUGCCCGAGGACGGGAAGCUGAAGAGCGAGAUGAUGAUCAAGGAGAACCGGCGCUACUACCUCGAUCUGAAGGAGAACUCGCGCGGCCGCUUCCUGCGGGUGUCGCAGACGAUAACGCGCGGCGGUCCGCGGUCGCAAGUGGCCAUCCCCGCCCAGGGCAUGAUCGAGUUCCGCGACGCCCUCACCGACCUGCUGGACGAGUUCAGCGCCGACGAGCACGCCUACAAGCCGGACCUGCCCGACGGCCGACACAUGCACGUCGACAACAAGAACUUCUACUUCGACAUCGGGCAGAACAACCGCGGCGUCUACAUGCGCAUCAGCGAGGUCAAGACCAACUUCCGGACGGCCAUCACGGUGCCGGAGAAGAGUUGGCCGCGGUUCCGCGACAUCCUCGCCGACUACUGCGACAAGAUCAAGCAGCCGACGUCGUCGUCGAGUCAGGCGGGCGGUGUGGGCGGAGGCGGCAGCGGCGGCGGCGGCAGUGGCGGCGUCACGACGCCCUCGUCCGGACCGGUGCCGUCGUCUGCGCAGGACCAACAGCAGCAGCAGCAGCAGCAGCAGCAACAGACGUUGAUGGGCAACAACAGCAACAGUUUGACCGCGCAUCAGCAACAGCAACAGCAGCAACCGCAGCAGCAGCAACAGCUACAGCAGGACACCGGAACGGCGGUCAAAAUAGGCUAGAACGCGCGCCUCCACCGACGUGACAACCUCUAGAACAUUUAGACGAUUAUUAUUAUUACUAUUCAAAUUAAAACAAACAAAAAAAUUAUUAUAUGGUUAUUAACAAAUUCAUCCAAUUGGACCGGACCCGAAUCGGAUCGGCGGACGUCGGACGAAGGACGAAGGACAUCGAUUCGGCGGCAACAGCAACAACACUCUCACACCUCACACACAAGACAACAACAACAACAACAUCAUCAACAACAUCAACAACAACUACAACAACAACAACAACAUCGUCCACCUAUCGCUGACCAACUGUCCGUUAGCUGAAUGCGCAGGAACCGGAUGUGAAGAUUGCUGUCCGAGUCUGCCCGAGUCUCCACGAGUUUUGUGUGUGUGCGCAUUCGCAGAACAAGUACGUGGUUGGUUCACAUUCACACCUUAUUGAUAAUAUUCCACGGUCACAUCGUUUCUCAUUUACAUUUUGAAUUGUUGAUUGUGUUGUUGAUUUUUGUACUAUAUAGUUAUUAUUGUCAUUCUCACCGUUCACCGGUUCCGAUUUCAACGGAUGCAAAAAUGUUUUGAUUUGUUUGUUUGAUUGUUUGUUUGUUUGUUUGUUUGUUUGUUUGUUGUUUAUUUGUUUGUUGGAGCACCACCCACUUUUCUCGCGUACUAAGCGCCGGUACUACAACCCGAUUAUUAUUCAUUUGUGUUUUUUUUACUUGUUUAAAUAUAUAUAUUAUAUUAAAUUUUUUAUUACUGUGAUCCCAUUGUUUUUAAUAAAACAUUGUAAACUAUUUAUUUAUUUAUUAAAUUGCUUUUGUUUUA